CUGUCAGGACGUAAUGGCAGCUCUUGUGGGUUUGUGCUGCCAGCAUGGCAAAGCAAGUGAAGUCCAUGGGGGUAAUACUCCUAUUAUCUCUUCUGUUGGUGCUACUGGCAUCUGCUGCAGCAUCACAGAAAUGCAAAAUUGGAUGUCAAGGUCGACCGUCCAUAUACCAGUUGCAAUACGGAACUGGAUAUACUUAUGUGUACAAUUUUGAGGGGAAUACGGUUGCAAGACUACCGGGUCAACAAGGGGAUGGAAUAAGUCUUCAGUUGAAGGCAACAGCAGAAGUCAGCAUAUUGGACAACUGUCAAGGUGUCCUGAAGCUAAAAGAUGUCCAAGUUACUGGACCUGACUCACAGAAAUACAGCCAUCUUAGUGACCUGGAAGCUCACCCAGUUUCAUUUGGCUAUGAGAAUGGCAUCGUGGACAGGGAAUUGUGCACAGAGGAGAAAGACAGUGAGGCAUCAGUCAAUAUCAAGAGGGCAGUGCUGUCUCUUUUACAAGUGGCUUCAACUGAUGCUGUCAAAACAGGUCAAAGCAAAGUGCUUGAUGUGUUUGGUCUCUGCCCCACUGACAUCAGUGUCGCUGAACGUGGUGACACAACCACCAUCACAAAAAUUAGGAACCUCAAUAAAUGCCAACUCCGCGAACAUCUGCGACAGGAUUUUGCUUCUGUAACAUAUCCUAUUAAUUCAGAUUUUCAGGCAACACCCCUGCUGGAAUCCACACAAGAUCUACGCCAGCAGCUGAAGGGUGGUAUCUUGAACAGUGCUGAGAGUCAUGAGAAGUACCUGUAUAGGCCAUUCUCCAAUAAGGAGGCUGGUGCCACAACCUUAGUAACUAGCAAACUGACAUUUGUAGCUCACAACAAGCAAGCUGCACCUGCAACAUCUGGAAGCACUCCUCGCUCCCUUGUAUUUGAACCUCCGCACGUUGGCAAUACGGGAUCCAGUAGUGUUGCAGCUAUUAUUGAGGCUUUGCACAAAGCACAUCAUGCCAUGCCGGAGUAUGUUGGAGAAACAGCAGCAAGAGAGUUUGCCAAUGUUGUCACCAUCCUCAGACAGAGCAACAAGGAUGAUCUCUUCUCAGUCUACAGCCAGGUGAAAGCGGGUGCUGGUUUUAAGGCGGGAACAAAAAUGUUCUUGGAUGCUCUUUUCCGAGCUGGCACAGGUGAUGCAGUUGAAGUUGCUGUUGAACUGUUGAAGACCAAAAAGAUCACUGGCCCAUAUGCUGACUUAUAUUAUCUUCAAUUUGCAUACACCAAACAUGUAACCUUACCAGCUCUCACAGUAGCUGUGUCUUUGCUGGACCAGCCAGAAUUUUCUAAGCUGGCAUACCUGGGCGUUGGAGCUCUAGGUGGCCGAUAUUGUGCUCAUCACAGAUGUGAAGAUGUUCCUGAAUUUGAUGCUUUCCUAGAGAAAUUGUCGAAACCUGUCAGUGGUGGCUGCAAGUCUUCUAACUGGGAUGAAGAACAGAAGGUUGUGGCUUCCUUGAAAGCCCUCCACAAUGUUCACCAUUUGAACGAUGUUACGGCCAACAAAUUGCGUGCUUGUGCCCUUGAUGAUAGUCUCCCAACGAGAGUUAGAGUUGCAGCGUUGGAUGUCUUCCAGAGCGAUGCCUGCCGACUGAAGCAGACUUCUCUGGAAGUUCUGAAAAACCACCAACUGGAUAGUGAAUUGAGAAUCAAAGCUUUCCUUGCACUUGUAGAAUGCCCAUGCCACAAGAUGGCCAAUGCACUGAAGGAAGUUCUGGAUUCAGAACCAACCUACCAAGUUGGUUCCUUCAUUGCAUCAUACCUUCGCAAUCUCAGGGCAUCAACCAACCCCAACAAAAGAGAUUUAAAAUCUGUCUAUGGUGAAAUCCGUACCACUAAGAGGUUUCCUAUAGAUUUUCGAAAGUUCUCUAGUAACUAUGAGUUUUCAUACCUUCUUGAUGGGCUCAGCCUUGGUGACACAAUUGAAUCAAAUGUAAUCUACUCCCAGAGAUCUUUCCUUCCACGAGCAUCAACCCUUAAUCUCACCACAGAAUUAUUUGGACAUUCUGUCAACUUCUUAGAGUUGGAAUUCCGGCAAGAAAACUUGGACCUUAUUGCUGAAAGGUUGUUUGGACCUAAAGGUUAUUUUAAAACGCAUGACUUAAAACAAUUCAUAACAAAUGGAAAGGACAAAUGGACUGAGCUUGAGAACACUGUAAAGCAAAGGCUGGAUCAAGCUUUUAGAGGCAAACGAUCAGUCACCAAGGAGGCACUGGAAGAAGUUCGACACAAGUCUGUGACACCAGAUCAUGCAGAACCUGAUCGAGAAUUGUUGUUAGAAUUAUCAGCGAGGUUGUUUGGCGCAGAGGUUGGCUGGUUGAGCCUACACCACAAUGCUGGAGAUGCAGCAAAGGAACUGUUUGACAACACCUUUGAUCUUGUUGACAAGGUUGUGAAAAAGGCAAAGGGCUUUGAUUACAAGUUACAGCAACAUAACACUUUCCUGGACACAGAGCUUAUAUAUCCAACAUCCCUUGGCUUCCCUCUCAAAUUGGUUGCUACUGGCAGCAGUGCCAUUCAUGUAGAACUGGAGGGAAAACUGGAUGCAAAUGAGCUUAUUAACAACUUUAAAAAUUCCCAUAUUCAACUUAAAUUUGUUCCCAGUGCUGCUGUAGAACUUGUGGGUGAAUUUGUUGUGGAUGCUUAUGCUGUUGAGGCAGGACUGAAGGUGGCUAAUACUUUGCACACAGCUACUGGAACAGAUGUUAAUGUGAAAGCUACUGAUGGGCGUGGAGUUGAUAUUACCUUGGGCUUACCAGUUAAGAAGCAGGAUUUGAUUACACUAAAGUCAGAAGUGCUGACUACCAUUCAUGAACGUGGAAAAUCUGAGGUGGAUACUCCUGUUACCUUUACAAAUACACCAAGGAGGGAUUACCAUGGAUGUUUUGACCAACUGUCUCCUCUCAUUGGCCUAACAUUCUGUGGAACAGUGAACUUUCCAUGGGAUCCAAUUGCAGCAAAGGCUGCAUUCUAUCCACUUAAUGGUCCCAGCAAAUUCUCUCUGACAAUUGAGAGUGAAGAUGUAACGAGCUAUCACUUCCAUGCCUCUUACAAUAACAAAGACCCAAACAAGAAAUCCCUGGAAUUGCUGCUAGAAACACCUAACUCCAAAACAGAUCGUAAGUUAGGGCUGAUUUUGGAGCAGACAUUACAACCAUACCAGGGACUCAAGGCUCAACUAAACUCACCUUGGAAACAUGUGACUGCUGAAUUGGCUCUCACUGACUCAGACAAAGAACUUUCACUCCUGGCCAAGCUGCUAAAUGAUGCUGAUGAAUACUCUGUGAAACUGGGAGCAUCUGUGACUGGUGAUCCGAGCCAUGCCACGUAUCACCCUCUUCUGGAGUACAGGACACCAAAGCAAAAGGCCAGCCUCGUUGUUCAAAAGGGUGCAAAGGGGCGACCAGAGAGACUCACACAACAUUAUAGUGUUGAUGGUUCUGUUACUGUGGAAAAAUCUUCAAAUUCAAGAAAGUUCACUUUCAAUGAUGUGGUUUUCAAAACUCCUAGUGGUGAGUACAAGGUGGAUGGUACUAUUAGUACAGAAACAGGAAGUUCCUUCAACACUGACCUGAAAGUGACAUAUGGAGAAAAGUAUGUGCUUUUGAAGUCAGGUUUAAAGAGACCCUCUCCAUCAAACCUUCAUGCCAACAUUCUUCUUCAUCCAUCACAGUAUCCAGACUUUGGAGUCAACCUUAUCUGGGACUACAAGAGAGACAAAAAUAAUUUUGAAAACUCCUUGGUUGUGGUCCAUGGAAAAGAUGCUGAAAACAGUGAUGCACGUGUUACACUCCACCAGUCGGCCCAUUACCGUUAUGACAAUAUCAAUAGUUUUGAAUUCUCCACCAAGAAUAAAGUAACCUACCCUUUACUUGGUAUUGUUGGAAAGUUUGAUGGUUCAGUAACUCGUAAGAGCCUCCAUAUUGAUGUUGAAGCAAGUUAUGAGAAACAUAAGUUUGAGUCUGAGCUGACUGCAAAGACUGGGGUCCACAAACCUGGAGAUUAUGAAGUGGAAUUUGAUGCUAAAAUUCUUGAUAACAGCAUAGAAUUUGAAACAAAGCGUGAAGUUAUAUCUCCUGAUCAGUCCAAAUUUAUUACUGAUUUAGAGGUGAAACCUGGUGGCAAAUAUCAGUUGAAAGCAGAUGUAACCCACCAUUUUGAAAGUAGCAAUAUAAAUUUUCAGGUUGAUGCUGUGGCCAAAGUUCAUGGAAAACCUUAUGAUUACAAGCUUGAUUCUGGGCUGGUGCUGAAUCAACAGCUAUUUGAUGCACAUUAUAAGGCUUCACUUGGCAGCACUGAUUACGUUGACAUCAGUGCCAAGUACAGCAGGUCUAGUGGAAAUCCAUCUGGAAAUGCCAAGGUCUUCCUCAAGGAGUACUUACUUGGAAAUGGACAAUUCAAAUAUUCUGCUGGUAAAGGCAGUGCUAACUUUGUAAUAGAUAUUCUAAAGAUUGACCGAAAGAUCAAGGGCACAGGAGACCUGCAAGUUUCAGGGUCUCAACAUGUUGCAACUGUUGAUAUCUACUACAAUGCAGACAAAAACCAAAACCAAAAGAUACAUUUUCAUACUGAUUCAGAUCUCAAGAAAGAUGCCAUAACCUCUAAGAAUACACUUGUUAUCUUGGAUUACAAGACUGAAUUCAAUGUUAAGGGAAAACUAACAGACAGACUUGAUAAUGGACAGCUUAAAGGAGAUUUUGACCUAACUCUUCCAACUGGACAUCACUUCACUGGCAAGUUGGACCGAACCCUCCACGUGAGACCCUCUAACAGUGAAGGUGAUGUAAAACUUGAAUUAACAGCACAAAAGUCACAUUCAAGUGAGCCUGCUAAAGUUACUUUUGAAUUUGCUGCCAAGAAUGUUGAUACCAAACAGUAUUCAUUUGAUGGACAGUCCAAACUUGCUUAUCACUCACCAAGUGGCAAAGAUGUGGCUAUUCUUAUAUCUGCCAAGAACAUUCCACAGCGAGAACAAAGAGUAAUUGAAGUACAGGGAGCUUUGCAAGGUUCUCUGAUUGGCGAAGCUGUACGUGUGGAAUUCAACUCUGAGAUUUAUGAGCCAUACAUAACAUACAAGGGACAUGGCAGUUAUGGUACUGGGGCCAUAGUCGAUCUGUCUGGAAAAGUGAGCAAAACUCUACAGCAUCAUGAUACGUUCUAUAAGGGACCAUUCUCUGUGGACACUGUGAUUGAACUGAAGUUGCCAAUUGAAAAAGUCAAGCAUAUAAAGUAUGUGUCUGCUCUUAAUGGAGAAAUUGAAGAGAAUAAAUUGCAGUUUAAUUUAAAUGAAGUGUAUGACUGGGAUGAUAAGACAUUAAAAGUGUCUGUAGAGACAAACAUUGAACCUGAGAAGGGAAGUAACAAGUUGAUUCUGACUCUUCCCAACAGUGAACCGAAGACAUAUUCUAGUAAUUGGUACUUCAAUUAUAAUGACUUCAAGACAAAAGAACUGUUAAAAGGUGGAUUUGCAUUGACUGGCAACCAGGAUUCUAAAUUCACAAUUGAUGUGAAUGGCAAAAAGGAUUUAUCUGAUAUAAACCUCCAUGCUGCCCUACAGUCACCAUAUGAAAAACUGAAGAAUGCAGAACUGUCCUUGAAGAGAAAGUAUGUGCACACACCAACGUUUGAAGCAAAUACUGAUCUUUCUCUGACUGUGAAUGAUAAGAAAUUGACAAUUGACAGUAAGCUGACACCUGGCAUUGCCCCUGGCCUCCCUAAUAUUGACUUCACUGCCAUACAGGGCAAAAGUCGUGUUUUCUUACUCUUGCAGGCAAAGAGCAAGAAUGAUAUAUCAGGCAAAGCUGAACUGGAGUGGACAGCAAGUGGAGGUUCUGGUAAAUUGACAGCUAGUGGAAAAGCAAACUUUGAAUCUGCACAGAACUUUAAGAUAGAAGCGGAUGUUGACUCACCUGCACUAAAAUUGAACAAAUGGCAUGUACUGUUGGCCAACAAACCUGCAAAGAGUGCCAAGACUCUUCAGAUUGCUGUAACAGAAGCUGAUGGCCCCAUCCUAAAUGGCAGGUUGGAAUAUCGUGUGGAAAACAAAGAAAACUCAUACAAAGCUGGAGUCAGUGGCACAGUGAAGUUGAAGGACUCAUCUCAACCACUGAAAGCUGAAUUAUCAUUCAACCGGUACACACCAACUGAAAAUGGAGAACUUGGUGCUGAAGCAUCACUUUUAUUCAGUUUAGGACAAAAGUCAUUUCAAGCAUUAAGCAAGUAUACCACCAAGGAGUCACGAGCCAGUGUCACCUACUGCUCCAAAGCCGCUACGUGCUCUGUUUCUGAAGCUCAUUCUGUUAUCAAAUCUAUUGAUCUAACAAGUCUAGAACAUGAGUUUGGGGCAAAGCUUGAUCUUAAGGCACAUGGCAUUGCAGAGGGUUAUGUUUUGGAAGGCAAGACUGUAAAACUGCCAUCAUCAUUUGAUCAAAAAAUUGAACUGAAAUUGCUCAAUGAAAAGCACACUACAUAUCAGUUACAUUCAUAUCUCAACGAGAAAACUGUUGGUACUGUGCUCACUCUGCCACAACGAGUGAUUGCAGCUGAAGGUAAAUUAGGUUAUGUCAAGGAGAAGGGUGAGCAAAAACUUGACCUGAACUUUUGGUUGGACAAGGAAAAACAGCCAGACAACAAGGCUGGUGUUCAUCUCCUUGUUGCCUUUAAUCCGAGUAAAGAUGGGACUACUUUCCAAGGAGAAGCAAAAUUUUCACAUCCAGCUCUUCAAAAGGACAUUGCAGUAAUAAGCAAAGCCACCCUGUUACAACAAGAUACGCUGCUAGAUGUUACAAUUGAUUUUGAUGUCUUUGCCAAGAAGAACCAGAAAGUUACUCUUGUUGCCAACCUUGUGAAGAACCAAGUUUCAAAUGGCUUCAAUGUCACAGGCUACAUAGGCGCGAAGGGAAGGAUUGUUGACGUCACUCUUCAAGGUGGGGCAGAAGUUUCGACAAGUGGCAUUGGGCACAAUUUAGUCCUCACUUACAAGGAUGUGCAGCAUAAAGAAAAAGAAGCCAAAAUCCUGGUUAAGCUCACUGCUACUGAUCAAAUUGUUUAUGUCAAGUCUCCUACAUCUGAUCUCCUGAAGAUUGAACAACACAUUUCUUCAUUGUCAAAUGAUCAGAAGUCUGUAAAAGAAGAGGUGUUUUUCUUUGGACUCCAGCCUCUUGAAGUUGAUAGAGUAAUUAAUUUUCCAGUUGGCAGCAAACAUACGUUUUUCAGGAAGAGUGUACCCAACAGGAAGCUAGUGGUAGACAUAGUGCAUGAUGUGUUGACUGGAUUCAGUAUUCGUGUAUCGACAGUAAUCGAUGGUUCCAAGAAUGAUGUCGUAUAUAUUGGUUUGGAUCUGACUGAUAACAACUUUUUCAAAACACAUUUCACAUGGUCAACAGAUGAAUUGAAGCAUAUACUGGAACAUUCAAAAGAAGGCAUUGAGGCUUUCCUAAAGCAGCUGAAAGUAGUGUCCAUUGACAUUGGUGAAGAAGUAACACGUGAACUUCAAGAUGUUUUGGAAUCUGUGAAGAAGGCUCAGCCUGAUGUGAAGGAAAUUAUCUCUUCCUACCAGAAUCAACUGAAAACCCUGAAAGAGGAACUUGAAAAUGACGAAGGAUUUACUGGAGCAUCUGAAACUUUGAAGAAAUUUGUUAAUGCAGUCACAAAAGUAGUUGUAGAAUUUGGUAAGAAAAUUACUGAGCUGGCUGAUCGUGUCCUUGAAGUUGUGAUCAAAGUAAGGGCUGCUCUUGACGAGUCAUUCAGCAAGCUUCUUCCUAAGGUGAAGGAAUUCUACACCAAAAUAUUAGAUCUGUCAAGUGCAGUGGGUAGCGUUGUGCUAGAAACUGGUUCAAAAGUUCUGCUGAAGUUCACUGAUUUUAUUAAGGAACAUGAAGAUGAAAUCAAGAAGAAUGUCCAUAUGGUCCAAGAAUUUAUUGAAGAUAUUGGCAAGAUUGUUGGUGAGACAGUUGUUCAGAUCCGAAAAGAGGUGUUGGUCUUUGUCCGUGUACUGUUAGACCAAGUGAAUACUCUUCCCAUCUAUGGCAACUUAAAAAAGCAGUAUGAGUAUUUUGUAAGUCAUCUCUCACAGAACUUGUUGCCAGAACAGGUAUGGGUAGUACUCAAGGAUGUUGUUGGUGGUUUCAAGGAUUCUGUUCAAGCUGAGGAACUCAGGGAAUUUAUUGAAGCUAUUGAGACUUAUAUUACAAAGCAUGUGAACAAGGAAACGGUAAAUGAUGUUGAGGAAUUGCACAUUAUUUUUAAUAAAGCUCUUAAGACUCUGAAAUCACUUCUCAUUGUUGUUCGCAAGCACCUCCCUGCUCCAGAAAAAACAGAAGGAGCAAAUUUCCUUGGACUUCAGCUACCAUUUGAACUGAAUGCAGUGUUAGAAUUGCCAAAGUUGGUAGCAGUCAAGUUCAGUCCUCUACUAUUCCUUGCAACUGGUGGUCUCAGUGAGCUACCUACACUACAAGAACUCAUUCACACCUUCAGGCCAACCAUCAAUCCUCUUGACUUGAUACCACCAUUCAAAGCUCAAGGAGUACUGAUAGACUUAUAUCACUUCAUCACCCUUGAUGGACGUCACUUCACUUUCAAGGGUACAUGUAGUUAUAUUUUGGUCCAAGAUGUUGUUGAUGGAAACUUCUCUGUUGCCUUUGACUACACUUCAAAAUCAAUUGUUAUUAGUGACCAACAAAAUAGUGUGGAAUUCUUCCAGGACUCAACAUUCACAGCAGAUGGGCAUCCUGCAGAGUACCCUUAUAUACAGGGUAACUUUAAAGUAUGGAAAGACUUUGAAAGUGUGAACGUGUUUCAUGAUGCUGGCCUCUACGUUACGUGUAAGACAAACCACAACUUCUGCUUCUUUUCUGUGUCUGGAUUCUAUUUCGGGAAGACGCGUGGCUUGCUGGGUGCUCUUGACUAUGAGCCUUGGGAUGAUUUCAAGAAGCCUAAUGGACAGGUUGUGUCAAAGGUAAAUGACUUCGGUAACAGCUGGAAAAUUAACCCAUCAUGUAAAGAUGUUAGUGGAACAACUCAUCAUGAUCAUGACAUGCCAGAACCACCAGAAUGUACCCAUGUAUUUGGAAGUGCCUCAUCUUUGAGGUUGGGGUACUUAUUCGUUCCAUCUGCUCCUUUCCGAGAAGCUUGCUCACAUAUUGUUGCUGAUGCAGCUACUUCUGAAGCAAAGAAGGAGGCUGCAUGCUCAACUGCUGCAGCAUAUGCAGCUCUUGUUCGCAGACAGUACAUUUUUGUGUCUAUACCAUCAGACUGUGUUCACUGUUCGGUAGUAAGUGGUCCUUCAGUUGAAGCUGGUGACUCGGUCAGUGUGAAAGUACCACAGAGAGCAGCUGAUGUCGUGAUUGUUGUGGAGCAAGAUAUACGCAACAGUGAAUUAUUCAAGGAACUUGUUACACCACUUGUUACAACUCUCUCCAGUGAACUGAAGACAAAAGGAAUCAAUGAUGUACACUUCACAUUAAUUGGUUUUGGAGAGUCUACACUCUAUCACCCCGCAGUAUAUACAACUGGUGGAAAGAUCAGCUUUGAGGGUAAGACAAAGAAUAUCAAGUUCACUGACCACGUGGAUGUAUUUAGUCUGAAGCUGGAUACCUAUGAGAAUAAGAUAAGGUACUUGAAGGCAUUUAUUGAGUCUGAGCUGGCCCAUGGACCAUCUUCCCGUGCCUACCAGUUUGCAUCUAGAUAUCCAUUUAAGAUUGGCACUUCUAAGGUGCUCGUGGGAGUUGUAGCUUCGGCUAAGACCAGUGCAUUUAGUGUCUCACUCCAGCAGUUGGCAGCUCUGUACUCAACAAGUGUUUUACAUGAUCGUGGUAUAGCAUUCCAUGUUAUAGCGCCUGUAGAUGAUCUGCAUUUAACAAACAAGGAUGUCAAGACUGUCAAACAGGUUGUAGGUUUUGAUUCCCAACACGUUUACUUGCUGAGUGAUGCAAAGAAGAAGGUCUUGGAAGGUAGCACAGAACUACGCAAUGUUCUUACCUUCAAUAACAACAUUUGGAUCCCCAUUGCUCUUGAAAGUUAUGGAGCGACAUAUGUUGCUCAGAACUUCUUAGAUGGAAAGGCAUCUGCCAGAAAACAGUUCUUGCAAGUGGUGUCGCAUCGCAUUGCUGAGUCUCUGGAAACAGAACAGCAUCAGGACUGCACAUGCAAACUAGUGGAUGGAAUAAACCCCUUCUCUGAUUGCAAGGUUACUUAUCGUAAAGAAAGGGAACCACUGUCUCAAAUCAGGGCAUCAAAGGGUGGAGUAAAGGGAUGAAAGUGAAGCCGAUGUAGAAGUCAAUAAAUAACACACAGAAAAUGAGAGAAAACUGGAAAAAAAUAUUAUGAACUUUGUACGAUAAUUUUUAAAUUAUAAAUAUGAUUACAGUUGAGUCAUGAGAAAUCAUGAUUAAUGAUUAUGUUAAGUAUUACUUCUAAUUUGCAUGUGAUCAUGUGUAAAAUGCUGGAGAAAUUACUAAUAUCUAUUAAAUAAUUUGUCAAACAGUGCAGAAAGCAGAUCAUUGUGUAUUCUGUUUAUAAACGUUCGUAGGAACGGGGGAAUUUAUUGCGAUGUGUUGGUAAUGCUGACAAGUGCUAGUCAGAAUCAGUUGAGCAUUUUGAAAAUAAAACUUGUACAGAAUGACAUAAAUAUAAAUCUGGUACACUGUCA